AUGUUGAUCGCCUCCGAUAAUAAUAACUUUUCUGCUACCAGAAUCCCGCAAAGUGAUCCACUUGGUCCGCUACUAUUUGCGAUAACUGUUGGCGGGGUAGCUUGUUCCAUCGCCUCUCCUUUCAACAUAUGGUAUCUUGAGGAUGCAACGCUGGGAAGACCUGUCGAGGCUGUAGCUAUCGACCUCCGACGAGUUAUUCCCGUUUUUUCUCUGCUUGGAUUUGAGAUUAACUCGUCCAAGUCAAGGAUAAUAAAUUUGAAUUAUAGUACAGGUGAUUUCGAGGAUGCUAUCCGAGAUAUUAGACUCAUCCUUGAGGAUAUAAAAAUAACUCCUAAAGAUGAAUUAUACAUUCUUGGUUCUCCAGUCUUUCCAAUAGCCAUUCGAGAGUGUUCGGAUACUAAGCAUGUCAUUCUAACAAGAAUGACUGAGAGAUUGCAAUUAAAUGAUGCACAACCAGCCCUCUUCCUUUCGAAGAACAGUUUUUGUCUACCGAGGUUCCUCUACACUCUCCGAAGUGUCCCUUGCUUUCCUUGA